AAGAGUGGGAGUGAUUUACUCAUUGCAAUACCAACCAAAAUCACAAUGUCUAAACUUUUUUGUGCAACUCUUCUAAUAUUUGUUACAGCUUUUCUAAUUCAAAAUGCAUCAGCUGGUGGAGAAGGAUCACUUUAUGCUGAACAAUGCAAAGGUGCGUGUGACUAUCGUUGUUCAGAGACUGAAUAUAAGGAAGGAUGUCUAACAUACUGCAACAUGUGUUGUAGAAAAUGUUUGUGUGUGCCAUCUGGAACAAGUGGCCAUAAGGAAGAAUGUCCAUGUUAUAACGGAGGACCCAAUUGCCCUUAAUUUUUUUUUCUUUUUCAUGUUUAAACUAUUAGUAAUGCAUAGAUCCUAGUCAAUGCAUUUAUGUUUUACUUGUUUAUUAAUAAAAGGAUUAUUUCAAUUGA